UGCUUACCAAUAUCCUGCAGUGCAGGUGUUCAUGUAUACUACUCGAAAGCUUGCCGUGGGAAUGGAAUCACAAAGACUGCCUUGAGCCGAGUCUGUCUCUGUGUCCCCCGACAACACCUCAAUUCUCUCCGCAUCUGUCCUCCAGCAACAAUGAAGACCCUCAACUCAUUAUGGGCAUUUCUGGCCCUGGUCUCAAUCGCCUGCGCUGCCCACACUUCCAACUGGGCAGUUCUUGUAUCGACGUCUCGAUUCUGGUUCAACUACCGGCAUCUAGCAAACACUCUGUCUCUCUAUCGGACGGUCAAGCGCCUCGGCAUCCCUGAUUCUCAGAUCCUGCUCCUCCUCCCUGAUGACAUGGCCUGUAACCCGCGAAACGCCUUCUCCGGAACCGUCUAUUCGAACGCCGACCGACGGAUGGACCUCUACGGCGAGAAUGUCGAGGUAGACUACCGGGGCUACGAAGUCACAGUCGAGAACUUCAUCCGCCUUUUGACGGACAGAUGGGAAGAAGGAGUGCCAGCGAGCAAAAGACUACAAACAGACGAAGGGAGCAACAUAUUGAUUUACAUGACGGGGCACGGUGGGAGCGAGUUCCUCAAGUUCCAGGACAGCGAAGAGAUUUCCAGCUGGGAUCUAGCAGACGCAUUCUCACAGAUGAGGGAGAAAAAGAGGUACAAUGAGAUGCUGUUCAUGAUCGAUACGUGUCAGGCCAACACGCUGUAUCGACAGUUCUACGCUCCUGGAGUCAUUGCUACAGGCUCGUCCGAAGAAGAUGAGAGCUCUUACUCACAUCAUGCGGACAAUGACGUCGGUGUAGCGGUGAUUGACCGCUGGACAUAUUACGUGCUGGAAUUUCUGGAAACUCGGGUCACGGGUCCAACGUCAGACAAGACGCUCGGCGAUCUGUUUGAUAGCUACGACGUUGGCAAGAUCCACUCCAAUCCUGGAGUCAGAUGGGACUUGUUUCCUGGAGGUGAACAAGCGGGCAGGAGUCGAAGAGUGGUUGAUUUCUUCGGCAAUGUUCAGAAUGUCGAGAUUCAGGGCAACCAGACUAGAGUCGAGUCGCUGAAGGAGGACCUUGAAGGCUUGAAGCGCUUGGUCCAAGACUACGAAGCAUUCGCAGCCGCCCAGGAGAGCAACGAGACUGAGAUGUCUGAUGUUCUGCAACGGAGAAAUCCCGAGGCUGUCUCCAGUGGGAAGAUUCAACCGAAGCAGCAGCACACAGUUGGGAAAUUGAAGCUGUCAGAGAAUGCACAUUGGGCACGGCAGGUCGCUGGUGCGACGGUUCUCUCGGGGCUUGCAGCAUUGUGGUAUUUUGCUCCAAAGUUGGUGUGAGUCGCUAUCUGCCUACAUCGUUCACAGAACGAUGUUGCCUUCUCAGGAGAGUGCUCCGCCGUCAAAUGUACGGUACCGGCUUGUUCUUCUCCACCCACAUUUUCUCGGCAUCAGAGUGUGCCGGAGGCGGAUCAAUGCCCUUUGUACGCCAGAGAUCACGAGGGGUCUCGGAGAUAUGCAGUUCCCAAUCCAGCUCCACACGGUCGAUAAUGUAUGGUUUCAGUGUCUGUGAGAUGGACAUCAGCAAGUCUUUUCACGACAUCUCGAAUUCGUCGAGUCGGGGAGCACAGCGAGGAUGGAAAGAUACAAGGAAGGAAUUCUUACGUCGUUGAUCAUGUCCAUCCACAUUCUUCUGCUUUUCUUGCCCUCGUCGGUAUCGGGCGAAGACAUGGUUCUGGCAAUCUGCUCGAUGACAACUCGGACAAAAUUCUUCUUCGGCUCUCCACCGAUGAAGAUCCCGUUCUCGUCGAUGUCGAUGAAGAUUACGUUGACAUAGAACGCUGGCAGGCCACGGGAAACGUACAACUCAGUGACCUUCUGGGCGAUACCGACACGUUGAUCUUUAGAGAAGGUCUGAGGGUGGGAGAAGAUGCGCCAGAGAGGCAUGUUGGCGGUUUCGGUGGUGAAGAAUGAAGAUGGGCUGACCCUACGGGCUGGGCGCAAUGGCGAGGGAGGCUUGAGGCCAAAGUCGUUCGAGUUUUCGCGAAUUAUCAGAAUUCCGGGCGACUUGACUCGGGAAUGUCUAGUCUUAUAUAAGCCUCCUUCCGGGCGUAUUGCUGUAUCUUGCGAGAUUGGACGGUCAGCACAGAGCCGUAUUUGAUACUCUGCCUCUCGGCGCCCUAUAUUUGACGACGAAACAGUAAGCUUCCUGAC